AUGCACAUUGAGGCGCUCUUCCUCCGGGGUCCCUCUGCUCCUCAACACUUGGCGCUCAGGUCCGACACCCGAAAGCCGUUCGCGGGGGGCGAGCUGGACGUCAGGGGGACGCCAGCGAGGGCGCGGCUCACUCAGCCUCCCGUUUCCUGGGAAGUCAGCGCGCACCCGUCCCUAGCCUUUGGGUGCCGCAGCUGGCAGAGCGCACAGAUUCGGACAGGCGGCUGGGCGCGGGAGCGGCCCGUACUUCUGCUGGGUCGCGGGUCGCCGGAGACGGGAGAACCGAGCCCCGCGCAGCCUGAGCGCAACGCCUCCCGUUUCGUUUUCCCGAGGCGCCUCGGCUUUGUUUCGGUUUCCAGUUGUUCCGUCUUCAAAACGAAACUGAAAGUUGCGCUAAACUGCGCAGCGUUCCCUUGGACGGAGAUGCCUUUUGGCACCAGUCCUUACCUCUGCGAAUCUGUCUGGAACAGAGUGGAAAUUAGGGAGAACGUGACACUUAAAGCCAAAUUCUUCUCCAGGAAGAAGGUACCAGUUUCCACCUCCAUGAAACGAAUUCCGGCAUUGGAGACUCUGUAUGUUGGUCCGGUGAGCUGUGGAAAGGAGCAUUCCCUGGCUGGCUGUCACAAAGGAAGGGUCUUCGCGUGAUCUGGUUCUGAAGGACAGCUGGGAAUUGGAGAAUUUAAGAAAAUACAUUUUAUGCCUAAGAAGAUAGAAACUCUGACUGGUAUGAAAAUUAUACAAGUCUCCUGUGGAUGCUACCACUCCCUGGCAUUAUCAGAAGUGAAGCAGAGGAAGAUUGCUACAGGUUUAGGAAUAAACGGAAAGUGUGCAAUAGUGACUCAGAGUGAGACAGUGAACAUCGUGGGAGAUUACGAGACAAAGGAUACUAGUUCCACCAGCAUUUCCAGGAAAAUCCUGCCAGAAAUAAGCGGAAUUAACCAGUCGCCGACAGAAAAAUGGAUGGCAGUGGCAAGAGGAAGUGUAGAGCAGGAUUUGGCUUUGUCGGAAAUUAGAGUGAUAUUUUCAUCUCCUGCUUGUCUGACUGCAAGUUUUUAAAGAAAAGAAUCUGGAGAAACUAUUUCCAUUGAUGUGGACUUAGAAGUGGAGAAGUUAACAAAAAAAGAAUGGAUUUCUUCUUUGAUAACAACACGUCUCAGGGAUCCUCUGCUCAACACUCUUCCAUAUUGUUCUCCACACCAAGAAACUUUAUCGGUCUUCCUUCUGCUCCCAGAGUGUCCUGUCAUGCAUGGUCCUAAGAACUGGAUGACUCUGGUGGUCCCGUUUGCAGAGGCUGUUCAUAACAUGACUGGCCAAUCUUCACAAGUCCUGAAGCAGUGUUGGGCAUCUUUGCAAGCAUCCUCUCUCAACACGCUGGUCCAGAUGCUUAAAACUGCCAUCGCCUCUCACCUGUUUUGUUGAACUGAAACCAUUCAUCACCACAAUGUUAAAGCUCUUCUAGAAGUGAUGAAAGAAGUGUAUAAGGUAAACAAAGCUAAUUGUCAACUACGAAAUACUUUCAACAUAAAUGAACUAUCCAUUUUGUUGAACUUUUAUGAAGAGAGAAGAAGAGUGAUCUGUAGGGAUAAAAACCUGGGAAGCCCUCCAUUUGUCUUUAAUUUGCUCUCCAAAAUUAAAUUAUUGCAAGCUGAUUCCCAUAUAAAAAUGCUGGAAUCAGAAGGGAUAGACUGCAUGGAUUUUGGGCAAAUAAUUCUGCGAGGAAAGGAUGAAUCCCCUCCAUUUAUGCUUGGAGUCAGACAGAGUCACCUAGUUGAAGAUGCUCUGCGUCAGUUGAGCCAAGCUGAAGUCACUGACCUCCGGAAAAUAUUAGUUGAAUUUAUUAAAGGAAUUCGUUCUGUGGGAGAAGGGGUGAAGUCCGAGUUCUUCCACCGUAUAUUUGAAGAUAUGACCAAGAAAGAAUAUGGGAUGUUCAUAUAUCCUGAAGAGGGUUCCUACGUGCGAUUUCCUGUCAACCCCAGAUUUGAGAAGAAGAGAUAUUUCCUCUUUGGGAUGCUGUGUGGACUAUUGUACAAUUUUAACAUUGUCAACCUCCCUUACCCACUGGGUCUGUUUAAGAAACUUCUGGACCAAGAGCCAUCAUUAGAAGAUUUAGAAGAACUCAGUCCUCUUUUGGGGAACAGCCUAUGGGAAGUUCUAAAUGAUGAAGCUGAUGACAUUAAAGAAGUACUUGGCAUACGUUUUUCUGUGAGUACUAAUGAAAUUUUUCUUACAGGAAAUGAAAGGCUGCAUGUAAAAAGCAUACGGAAGGUGGGAAUCCUAUUUUGCUGUCCUGAAACUUUCAGUGAAAGAGAUUUCUCAAUAUCACUGACAUGUCAUAAUAUUGUGGACCUCCCUAAAUAUUCUACAAUGGAAAGAAUGGAGGAAGCAGUUCAAGUAGCCAUCAACAGCAACAAAGGAUUUAUGUCACCCACGGUCACAGAGUGAUAGUGACCUUUGAGAGGCUCAGAUCUCAGGUUCUCUCACCCUUCGAUCCUUCCGUUCUUCUUAGUACAAAGUGUUGACGGAUUUUAGUUAGAAUAAGUUGACAAAUGCUGGGAUAAACAAUAACAUGAUGAGUCAAGGAUAACAUUUUUAAUGAAUCAACAUUUCCUGAUCCUUAAACUUGCUAUGAGAAUGCUUGCUUUUUACUGAAUUAUUUCCUGAACAAUAAUUAUCAUUUAAAAAUAUACUACAUGUUAAAAGCUAACAGAUAUUUUUAAAAAACUGUACAUCUAGGGGGCUUCCCUGGUGGCGCAGUGGUUGA